AUGUUAAAGCUAGAUUUUUUCAAAUUAGCUAAAAUGGGGCCAAGUAAAGGAAAGGGUCCUCUCAUUGCUAAGUAUGCCCCUUCUGGUUUUAAAAAAGGAUUUGGUGCUAUUGGAUUAGGAAGACAUACAAAAAAAGGUUUUUUUAUUAUUAAUAAAAUGCUUGUACCAAAUUUUCGAGUUCCUGAUUUAAAUAAUUGUGAAUUAAAGCCAUAUGUAUCAAAAAAAACUCCAUUAAUUGUUAUGAAAAAACAAUUCGGUCCAAAAAAAAAAGUUAUGAAUUAA